AUGGCGGCGACGGCAAUCACUACUCCUGCUGAACCUCGCAGCAGGACGAUUCUUCUGCUGGUUCAUCAAGUGGAAGAUGUGGCACCAGUGGCGGCUCUGUGUGCCUUGCUGGGCGAUCUGUAUCGUCAUCGAACGCUGUUUGCCCACGAACCCAUGCCAGUGCUACGAGUUGCCGUGACUCCCUCGUUGCAACAUCAUUUUGCCUGCAAUGGCCGAAUUGUCUCUUGGAGAGCUCAUGAGUCUGUUUCCAAUGGCAGUAGUUUUCGAUGGGCUACCCACGUGGGUGCUCCCGAUUCUGUGUGGCCUCUCCACGAUGCUCCAACAGCAAAUGACACCAGUUGGUUGGAAGAUGCUUUCUGGGGUAGGUCCAACAGGAAGAAUCCACUGUCGCACGACGACGGAGGCAUGGCCGAUAUGAUUUUGUUGGGAUGUUCUUCUUCCUUGACAUUGAAUGUGUGGCAAUAA